UCGACAUUCCGCACAACAACAACAAGCAUAGCGUUCAAAUUUGAAUUGUGUGACAUUCAACAGAAGUAAAGCAAAAUGUAUGUGAUUUCCACCUCGAAGAAGACCGUUCUGUCCGACUUUGCGGAUCUGGAGACGACGUCUGAGUAUGUGCACCAAAGCGCAGAACCGACCGACUUCCAGUUCAAUGGCCAGCGGCGCGUCUUUGUGGAGGUGAACAAAAUGGGCUUGGCGGUGAUGCGGAUAAAGGAGAAGAAGGAGGGAAAGGCUCCCGAGAUUCAGCGAGUCCGCAAACUGACCAUCGAUAAUGCCUACAGUGUGGCCUGUGCCAAGCAAUCCCUGGAGGAGAUCGCCGUGGGCCAGAGCGGCUGCGUCAAGCUCUACAACUUCCGGACGGCGCAGCUCAUCCACCGAUUCCCAGCGGAUCCCCAGAGAAGCACUGUUCUCUACAUGGACUACAACAACACGGAUGAGUAUAUAGCCGCCGUCGGCGAUGGCGGGGACAUCAGCAUCCUGGGCACCAAGACCAAGCAGAAGACCAACACCUUCACCAUCGAUGGCGACUCCACCCUGGUACGCUUUAGUCCGAGCAAGCGCUUUCACCUCUCGAUCGCCUCCUACAAGGGCGCUGUGACCGUGUACGAUGUGCAGGGCAUGCGAAAGAUAUUCCACGCCAGCGAGGCGCACAGUGCUCCCUGCCGGGACAUCAGCAUGUGCGCAUCCCAGCCUGCGCUGCUGGUCAGCGUGGGCUACGAUUGCAAGAUAAACAUCUUCGACAUCCGGCGUAAUCGCGCUCAGGCCUCCACGGAUCGCUUGACCUACUCCCUGCCGCUGUCAACGGUAGCACUAAGUGAAUGUGGCACCUACCUUUGUGCUGGAAACCUUAAGGGCGAGCUGAUUGCGUACGAUAUGCGGACCACAAAGACUCCCUUGGCCGUUAGGAGUGUGCACGAUACGGCUGUGAACAGGGUGGCUUUUGUGCCGAUGCCCAGCGGGGAUAUCCAGCAGAACGGCAGCAUAAAUAGCUCGGGGAAUGCAACUGGAUUGGACGUGGAAACUCCACGUGUGGAGCGCAUUCCCAGCGAUGAGCUUCGCAAAUCCAUAGCCGCUAAUUUGCUGAGUACCAACCAGCAGCUGAACAACAUAAGCAAAAUGGGCUUCGGCAUUCCGACUCCGGCGACUGCUCGCCGGGAUUCCUUCUGCGAUUUUUUGGACGCUCAAGGUCCCAAGGCUGUGGAUCGCAUGUCCACGCGUUUGGGCACCUCAUACAGGGACAGCUUUGAUUGGGAGUCCCUCAACCGGAAGCCAAUACAGAAUGAUAAUGCCCACCGCCAGAGCCUUUGCCCUCCGGUGGGAUCUAAUCUCAGCUCGGUGGACAACUCCUGCAACAGCUCCACCACGGAGUCGCUACAGCAAACCUUAAGCGGACCCCUCAAGGAUCGAAGCAACAUGUCUGGCGAAGGAAAACUCAUGAAGAUCGCCGAGACAGAUGAGCACAGCGAGGAGCAGUCGGCCAACAUUUCCGUGGCCAGCAGUACGGGCAGCGACAAGGAGAAUCCACCGCCAGUUGACACUGAAUUGAAGCGUCGGCUGCGCUUGCUUUCGGCCAGUCGAAACAGUACGCCGCAUCAUGCCAAUGUCACACCGCAAUCGUCCAAUCCGCAGUUGAAACCCCAGCAGUUGCUGGCCAAAUCCUCCAGCGGAUUGUCGGCCCUAGUAGAUGCGGACUGGCGCAAGGAGUUCAGCGAUUUGAAAGAGUUCGUCGACCAGCGUUGCGGACAGGUGGAGAGGGAAUUGGAAUACAUUGGCUAUUGCAAUCGACGGCAGAUGGUCGCGCAGAUGACCAAUUUCAUGAAACAGCAUUUGGAGAACUCAUCUGAAAUCCGCGACGCCCUAGCCUUACUUCUCCAAGGAGACAGCUUCAUGUGCGAGUUUUCCCGCCUGCAGCACGAAAACGAAAUGUUGAGGGCUAAAUUAAAGUUUUAUCAGGAGCAAGAGCAAACGGAAUCCUGCGGUGAAUAAGA